UCCCAUCAUCAUCACCAGCACCAGCACCAACAGCAACAACAACAACAACAGCAGCAGCAGCAGCAGCAUCACCAUCCCCAUCAUCAUCAUCAACAGCAGCACCAGCAGCUGCACGAAGGAAGCGGCGAAGGCACGGCGGGAGGCAGGCACCAUAUCGGUGGAAGUGGUAACGGUGGCGGAGGUGGUGGUAACGCGGAGGGUAUGUCGUCUUCCGCGUCGCAAAGCCCGGACAUCGCGUGCGCGAGCUUGCCGCUGGAACUACUGGCGGCUGGCGCGCUCGGCGUCAAGGAGGAGCGAGAGCUCGCCGCCGCGGAGGAUCUCACCGGUAGUUUCGCGGUCAUGCAAAACAACGGCCUCGGUAACAUCGGCCUCGGGAUGGGUAGCUCGCCGUACGCGUACGACAAACUGCCCUCGAUGAGCAUGUCGCCGCCGCACAAUUAUCCUUCGCCUGGCGCGGGUCUUCAACCGAGUCCUCUCUCGCCCCAGAGCGCCUACAGUCAGAGCGGAUUGAACUCGCCGCACAAGUCCGCCAGUCCUCACUACGACCCGGCCUUUUUGCCGAGGUUGCAGCAGAGUCCGGCGGCCCUUAGUCCUUCCUCGCCGCCGGCCGUUUCGGCGACGGCCAGUUUCGCGCCUUCUCAUCAUUCCCCGCCCACGCAUUCGGUGCCUGCUGCUUCGCCGCCGCCUAUGCAAACGCAACUGCAACAGCAGCAGCAACAGCAGCAGCAGCAGCAACAGCAGCAACAACAACAGCAGCAGCAGCAGUCGAUGCAGCAGCAGACGAUAUCGCACACGCAGCACGUGCAGCACACCUCGGUGGUGAUGAAGACGGUCUCGUCGGCGGGUAACGGUGCCGGCGAGGUCGAGGAGAUCAACACCAAGGAACUCGCGCAGAGGAUCAGCGCGGAGCUCAAGAGGUACAGCAUACCGCAGGCGAUAUUCGCGCAGAGGGUUCUCUGUCGUAGCCAGGGUACCCUCAGCGAUUUACUGCGCAACCCGAAGCCCUGGUCGAAGCUCAAGAGCGGCCGAGAGACCUUCCGACGGAUGUGGAAGUGGCUACAGGAGCCCGAGUUUCAGAGAAUGUCCGCCUUGCGGCUAGCAGCCCUGAGCAACUGCUCUGAGAGCGGAGGUGAGCCGGAAGCCAUGCUGGAUAUCCACCACCCAGGAACCGGUCUCGAGUCUCAUCACCAACAGUUUCACAACUCAUAUGCUGCACAGAUUCCACAACGCGGAACAUGCAAGAGGAAAGACGAGAUGGCGAGCCAGGCAGAACACCAACAGCCCGCCCCCAAGAAACCGCGGCUGGUUUUCACAGACCUUCAGCGCCGUACUCUACAGGCUAUUUUUAAAGAGACCAAGAGGCCGUCGAAGGAGAUGCAGGUGACAAUCGCCAGGCAGUUGGGCCUGGAGCCGACGACGGUCGGCAACUUCUUCAUGAACGCUCGACGUCGUUCCAUGGACAAAUGGAAGGACGAGGACCCGAAGACCGUGGCGGUCGAAGAAGGACAGCUAUCGCCUACAAUAGGUAUCGGGCAACGGCAGCCAAGCGACGUUUUGUGACACACGUCCGACCACGAGGAGUACCACGACGAGUCACCCGAAGAAGAUUUACCCUUCUCGUAAGGGAUAAACCGAUUAUACGGACGCGAUUUCGUAAAACACCGACUGAACUGGGAACUGCUUUUCAUGUAAAUAAAUCGAGGUCCCAGGACGUGGCGUGUUUGGGUCUCAAACUUUAUGACCGUUCAAAAUCAGCAGAAAGAUAUCAUUUUGACCCAGACAUUCUUUAUUUGGACAGAUAUGCGCUUUUGUUAUACGUGCUUCAUACAUGUUUCAGAUAAAACGAUAUCAAUUAUUAUGUUCAAUUGAUGGACUAUCGAACAAUGUACAGAGACAGAUUCACUAGACUUGUUUAACUAUCUUUUAUUAAUUUUAACAGCAAUUUUUGAAGGGAUCUUUAAACAUGUCUACCAAAAUUUGUUAAGUAAGGUCAGAAUUAAAUACUUGAAUGUACUUGGAGGUUUUUAAAAAUGUCUACAAAACUUGUCAAGCGAAAUAACAAUUAAAAAUUUGAUUGUAUUCGGAGAUUUUUAAACAUGUCUACUAAAUUUGUUAAGUAAAAUCACAAUUGAAAAUUUGAAUGUAC